CAGUUUGGAACGUGGCACUUAAUCAUCCCUGAAGGUCUGGAACAGAUGCAGUGAUGUUCCAAUAGAGCAAACUGGAACGAUCAGGACCACCUCGCCUUUGUGCAGAGCCACCUCUCGGAUAUGCUGGAACUGCUGCUGGAGCCGGAGCAGCUCACCACCUCCUCCCAUUCCACCCAUGGUAGCUUGGUGUCCUACGAAGCUGUCUGUGCCCUUAGCUUUCUUAUUGAAGGGACCAUGAACAAAUCCAGGGGGGUCCGUCCUCUGCACGAGCUUGCCCUCUGGCAGCCCUGUCACGAGCACAACGGCUACUCCAAGGUCUCCAAAGCCUUCUCUUUCUCCAAGCUAGAGAACUGGCUGCGGUCUUGCCUCACGACAAACCCUUUUGGAAUGACUGCCUGCCUCAAGUCCGGGAGGAAACUCGCGUGGGCGCAGCAAGUUGAAGGAACAACCAGGAGAGCAAAGAUUGCCUGCAACACUCGUGUGGUGCCUGAGGUGUUCCCCAUGGUGAUAAUGAGCCAGGUGUACAAGCAGACCCUGGCCAAGAGCUCGGACACCCUGGUGGGGGCUCACGUAAGAAUUUAUCGCUGCAACGAGUCCUUCAUUUAUCUCCUCUCUCCUCUCCGGUCUGUGACCAUUGAGAAGUGCCGGAACAGCACUUUCAUCCUUGGCCCCGUGCAGGCGUCUGUUCAUGUCCACAGCUGUGACAAUGUCAAGGUCAUUGUGGUUUGCUAUCGUUUGUCCCUUUCUUCCACCACUGGCUGUACUUUUUACAUUCUCACGCCUACCCAACCUCUCAUCCUCUCGGGGAACCAAGCAGUGUGCUUCGCCCCUUUCCACACCCAUUAUCCCAUGCUCGAAGACCACAUGGCUCAGGUGGGCUUGGCCACUCUGCCAAACUACUGGGACAGCCCUAUGCUGGUGUGCAAGGAGAGCGGUGAUGUGAGUGUCUUCCACCUCCUGCCGCCCUCGGACUUCUACACCUUUGUGAUUCCUUUUGAGAUGGAAGGAGACACCACAGAGACACCAGGUGGGCUUCCCGACGCGUAUCGGAAGGCGCUGAGUCAGCGAGAGCAGAAGCUACAGAUCUGGCAGAAAACCGUGAAGGAGGCAGGCCUGACCAAGGAUCAGAAGAAACAGUUCCAGAUGCUGGUGGAAAACAAAUUCUAUGAAUGGCUGGUUCAGACAGGGAACCGUCAGCAGCUGGAUAGCCUUGUCCCUCCUGCCCUAGGCUCCAAGCAGGCAGCAGAAUAGCGUUGGCUUCCUCUACAGCAAGAGGAGAGGAAGGAGUUCUGGGAACAGGCAGCGAUAUACUGAAAACAGUUCUCAUUAAGACUUUGCAGCCAUCCUGCCUGAACACACUUGAUGUGGACCUGGUGCCCAGCCUCCGUGUGGAUUGGACUCUGUCUGGUUUAGGAUUUCUAGUCACUGCUGCUUUUCCAGGAA